AUGGACUGUCUUAAUUCUAGAGUUGAUAGACGUCUAAGUCAAUUAUUUGAAGUGGUUAAUAAGAACAAAAUUGAUUUUGAUGAGUUUAGAAGAUUUUUAGCCACACCAAUAAUCCAAUCUAGAGCUCUGCCAUUAGAUGGCGGGAAUCCAAACCUCAUUAACAAUUCUGUAAAUUCUAGUUCAUCUCCCGUCGGUGGCGGGAAUGGUCAGCCACGACAAGAUAACCUCUUUCCGACUAUGACAAACGAACCAAAUCCUUACCGCAUGAAUCGCGGCGAGAUUCCUGCCACUACUCAAGUGGAAGGGAUACCCAAUGUGGGAGUUGGAGAAAUUCCCCCACGUAGUGAGAAUUUGGGAGUUACACAUUUUGCUCCAGUGGAACCGCCACCCAUACCCAUACCAGUGGCAAGGCCCUAUACGGUGCCUGCUCACAUGGGAGGGGGAGUAGGCUUAGGUGGGGGAGAUCAAGUUCCUCCCAUAGCAUACCCAACACACAUGCCACCCCAUUUCAAUGGGCACAUGGACCCUAUGGGUUUCCUACCCCAAGGUGGGAAACCAGGGGGGCAUGAUCCCAACACUCUAACCCUGUGUUUUUUUAGGAGAGAAAAGGAAGGGGAGGGAUAA